CCUGGUGGUCAUGAGAUCCGUGCCUCACACCGGCUUCCUCAGCUCGCCUGGGCUCCUUCCGAGUGUUUCAGUUUCUCCGUAGCUCCAGGAACAGAACUAAGAAAAGUCAGAAUCAAAACAGCUAGACACAAAGAAAAGCAGAAGUGGGUGUCUCAGAGACUGGCCGGGUCCUCCUGCUGGGCUGAACCGUGGAGCGUCCAGCUGUGGCCUGCCUGCCGGUGACCCAUGUGUGGGAGAAAUGACCCAGCUGGCCUCAGCUGUGUGGCUGCCCACGCUGUUGCUGCUGCUGCUUUUCUGGGUUCCAGGCUGUGUCCCUCUUCAUGGCCUCAGCAGUGUGACAGGCACUGUGGGGGAGUCCUUGAACGUGACUUGUCAUUAUGAGGAGAGAUUCAAGAUGAAUAACAAAUACUGGUGUAGAGGGUCGCUUGUUCUACUUUGCGAAGAUAUUGUCAAGACCGGAGGCUUAGAAGAAUCUAGGGAUGGCCGAGUGUCCAUCAGGGAUGAUCCAGACAACCUCACCUUCACAGUGACCUUGGAGAGCCUCACCCUGGAGGAUGCAGGCACCUACAUAUGUGGGGUGGAUAUACCAUUGGGAAUCGAUAAGUCCUUCAAGGUUGAAUUGUCUGUGGUCCCAGGUAACAUCCCAGUUUCAUCUCCAGGAACAACACGAGAGACAACUGUGGUGCCCAGCAGAUUCUCUACCAAUGGUCCCACCCAAGGAUUCAUCCCAGAGGGGCACCAUGAAGAUUAUGAGCCCCAGGGCUUGAGUCUCCCAGUGCUGCUGUCCGUGUUAGCUCUCUUGCUGUUGCUGUUGGUGGGGACCUCUCUGCUGGCCUGGAGGAUGUUCCAGAAGCGGUCAGUCAAAGCUGAUAAGCACCCAGAGCUGUCCCAGAACCUCAGACAGGCCGAGGAGCAGAGUGAGUCCCAGUAUGUGAAUCUGCAGCUGCACACGUUGCCCCUGAGGGAAGAGCCGGUGCCACCAAGUCAGGUGGAGGUGGAAUACAGCACACUGGCAUUACCUCAGGAAGAGCUCCAUUAUACAUCCGUGGUAUUCGACUCUCAGAGGCAGGAUUCUCAUGCCAAUGGGGAUCCCCCUUGUCAAUCUCCGGACCAAAAAACAGAGUACAGUGAGAUCCAGAAGCCCAGAAAAGGUCUCUCUGACCCUCGCCCGUGACUCCUUGUCAUCUGAUCCCUUCAAUGGUGACCACCAGGUCCCCAAGCUCCCUGCUGGCUGCUGCCUUCAAUGUCGUGAGCCUCCCUGGCUUCACUAAAGAUGAGCAGGAGCCAGGGCUCUGUGGGUACAGAGUCUCAUCCCUGUGGCUCUCUCCUCUUAGCCUGCAUUUCGUUCUGCCCCUGGUUGUGGAAGAUGUAGAUGCUACUCCUUUGGGGCUCUGGGAAGUGACACGGUUCAUAUAGAAUGGCACUUGUGUUAGUCUUGUAGUGUCAGUCCAGGAAGAACAUCUGUGGUCACUGGGAAAGUGGAGAACCAUCAAGGACCUAUGAGACUACACAGAAAGGGGAGUCAUGGAGGCUCUAACCAUCAGCUCCCCCAUCUCACAGAAAAAGAAAUCUAUGCUCUGAGGACAGGAGCCUGAACCAUGCUGCCAAGGUCAGGGGCAAAUUCCUCUGGACUCAUUUUUAUUUUUCGGUUUUUCGAGACAGGGUCUCUCUGUGUAGCUUUGGCUAUCCUGGGAUUCACUCUGUAGACCAGAAAGGCCUCAGACUCGCAGAGCUCUGCCUGCCUCUGUCUCUCGAGUGCUGGGACUAAAGGUGUAUGACACAGCAUCUGGCUUCUCUGGACUCUUACGUAAAAGAUGAAAUAAAGUUUAUAAUAUCUUUUUAAAGGGA